AUGUCGUUUUCAUCGUUUCCAACACACACGAAUCCUCUCCAAGAGGUGACAGAUAAUGAUCUCAUACCUCGUCAUCACAAUGUAAUUAUUCAUCAUCAUCAUCAACAUCCAGAAGAUCACGAAAAUGUUGAUCAUCACAACAGGAGGAACAUGAAUCACCAAGAAGAAGAAGAUCCCUCUUCUUCCAUGACCAUGAUCACUUCCGAAUCCAUGAAUGACUUUGAUGAACACUCCCACAUGAUGAUGACCAGUCAAUCAAAGAAACACAACACUCCCUCUCCGAUCGUUACAAAAUUUCCUCGAGAACAAGUUGCCUUCAGUCAUCUUGAUGAUCAGUCUCACCACCAUCUUCAUCACGAUCCGAAUGAACAAAUUGGAUCAACGGAAGAACCAUCAUCCAUUGAAAAACCACAACAUCACCAAUCCUCAUCAACUUCUUCACCAGAACAACACCAAAAACACAUCCGUCAAGCUUGGGGUUCUCGAAUUUCAUUCAUUCUGGCAUCGUUGGGAGCUGCUAUUGGUUUUGGAUCAUUUGUUCGGUUUCCCUACCUCGCUUAUAAGAAUGGUGGUGGAGCCUUCUUAAUUCCAUAUACCAUUAGUUUAGUUGCUCUUGGAAUACCGUUAUUAAUUCUUGAAUUGAGUGCUGGACAAAUGUUGAGAAGGGCAGCCAUCAAAGCCAAUGGACUACUCCAUGAUCGAGCGAGAGGCAUUGGUAUUGCUGCUGUGAUUUUUGGAGGAUUUGUAAUUUGUUCCUAUUAUAGUGUAUUAAUCUCUUGGAUUUUUGUCUACUUUUAUCAUAUGUGGUCGUGGACAUUGCCUUGGAAAGACCAAGCUGAAAAGUAUUUCUUUGAGACUAUUAUUCGAAAGAGUCCAAGUGACACCAUCGUUACUGAAAUGAAUGUUCCAAUCUUGAUUUCAUUACUCAUUGUGUGGAUACUUGUUUAUUUUGGAGUUUGGAAAGGAACAAAUAGUACAGGAGUGAUUACCUAUGUGACAGUUCCAUUGCCUAUCAUUCUACUCUUGAUCAUGCUUAUUACAAGCUUCUUUUUGGAGGGUUCCUUCUCAGGCAUGUGGUACUUUAUUAAACCAGACUUUACAAAAUUAUUGAAUGUGGAGAUUUGGCUCUCUGCAGCUGGUCAGAUAUUCUUUUCGUUGAGCUUGGCGAGUGGAACCAUGAUUGCUCUUUCAUCUUACAACGAUCCAAAACAGAACAUUGUCAAAGAUGCUUGGAUUAUUGGAGUUUCUACUUAUUUAUUUAGUAUUUUCGCAGGUUUUUGCAUGUUUGCAAUUCUCGGAUACAUGGCUCAUACGAAGGGUCUUGGUGUCGAUGAGGUUGUACAAGGAGGAUUGGCUUUAGCAUUUGUGGUUGUGCCAGAGUCCAUAUCUCUCAUGCCUGUACCUCAUUUGUUCUGUAUUUUGUUUUUAGUGGCCAUGCUCACCUUAUCGAUUGAUUCAUGUUUUGGUAUGAUUGAAGGUGUCAAUGGUACCAUUCAUGAUGCAUUUCCAAAUCUCAAGAUUCAUUGGAUUUCUCUGGGAACAUGUCUCUUCGGGUUUAUUACCGGAAUUCCAUAUUGUUUGGACAAUGGAUAUUACUUGAUGGACAUUGUCGAUCAUUACAUUAGUGAUUUUUGUCUAGUAUUCACAGCCAUUGCACAAUGUGUGUUAAUUGGAUAUUUCAUUUCAAACGAAAGCUUGUGGAGUAAGGUGAAACGGCAAUGGAAAGCUUCUGCUUAUUCCUCCAUUGAAGAAACGUCGGUCGAUUCUCCUGGAGGAUACGGUACUAUCAAUGAACAUCCAAUUUCUACACCAACCUUGGAUCCUUUGGAUGCAUCUUCCAUUCGUAGCGAACGAAAUCGACGAUUGAAAAACAAAUUGAAAAAAUAUUGGAAUAUAUUUUCCACCAUUCUCUUUCACAGUGUGGACGAAUAUCGACUGAAAAUUAAGGCCAUUUGUAACUUUGGACCACACAGGGAAUGGAGUAUUUUAAUUAAGUUUGUGAAUCCUGUCAUUUUAUUGAUAUUAUUUAGUAUUCAACUUGUUAAGGAAUUUAUUACACCAUACUCGACAAAGCCACAUGGAUCGAAGGAAUUUGAUUGGCUCAGCUUGACUAUUGGGCUUUUCAUUAUUGUACCUUAUUUUUCUAUUAUCAUCUUCUUUGCAAUUUUCCCAAAAUUAGCCAAACAAAAGUCAGAAAUAGAUGGAAAUACAUGGCAGCUAGAGCUUGAGAGACACGAGAAGGAAGAUGCUCAGAAGAAACAACAGAGCAGCCAGAGAGAUGAAGCAGUUCAGUCCAUUCAACCAACAACGACUCAACAAACACCAAAGGAAGAAAAUUUAGAUGGAUUGAAUGGAAAUUCGACGGCCUCACUGCCACAACAUGAACGUUUCGAAGAUGUGGAAUUGUCAUCAACUAGGUUGUAG